AACCGCACCCGGAAAACAAUUUGUAAACAUUACAUUACAACCUCCAAUUUAUAAAGUGUUCUAUUUAGUGACGUACUGACGAUUUCACUAUGGGAGUAUUAAAUGACAAAAUAAAUAUCACGUGGUUAAUACGUUUUGACAAAAGUAAAACUAACAGAGCACGUGUCCUAUUCUUUCAAUUGGCAUUCACAAAAAUGACACCGUAAAUCAAAGAUCACUAAACAAGCUUGUAAAAUAUGUCAAUGAUGGCUCUAGAGACAACAAAUUAAAAGGCGGUUUUAAAGUCAUGUCCAGAUAGCAAUGGAAGCUAGAUGAAUGGAGCAUGCUCGUCGUAUUAAUCAAGAAGCACCUUCUCGGAAGAUUUCAACGGCAUCAAAACCAUGGCAGGGACCUGAAACAUACACAUUGGAAAGAGAGAAAGAUGGUUAUGGCUUUACACUGAGAUACUUUAUUGUGCAUCCACCUGUUGCUUCAAGUCCCAGCCCAAGUCCAAGUAGCAAAAAUGAAAAGGGAUUUAACCGCAACAGUUAUUGGACUGAUCAAGGACUCACAGGGGAUGAUGAUGCAUUUAGUUCUCAAGCUCAACCUCCUCCACUGGACACCUUUUUUAUCAAAACUGUUACACCAGGAAGUACAGCUGACCGAGCAGGCCUAAGGAGUGGAGAUCGCAUUGUUUCAAUCAAUGGAGAAUUGAUUGGAGGGAAAACAUUUAAAGAUAUUAUUGAAAUAAUACAGUAUUGUACUGGAGAUUUAAAAGUUGGCGUUGUACCACGCAAUGAAGAUAUACUACAACUUGUAUUUGAAGAAUACGUUUACGACAGCGCAUCAGUAACCAGUGAAAACAGUCGCAACUCUCGCAAUUCUGGCUCGUUAAGUAUGCAUCAACCAAGCGUUAAUAAAUGGUCCGUCCCUAUAACAAGCACAAGAAAAUCUGUUACUCUCGAUUCACCAAAUGCAUAUUCAAAUAAUAACAACAAUGAAGACACGACUGAGAAAAAAAUAGGACCCUGCGUACAAUUUAUCGCUGGUACUCCUGUUGUUAAAACAGAUAACAAAAACAGUAGAUCGAAUUCUUUAAGCAGUUCUGGCUCAAUCACUCCAUUACAAAAGUCAGGAAAAGGAUCUCCAUCGCAGAGAACUUCCUCUUCAAGUUUUGACCCGUGUGUUUCAUUUAUAAGUGGUAAACCACAAGUCUCGAAUGAAAGCCCAAAGGAAGAAAAUGAUGAUUUACCUAGUGGUGUACAACCGUACAAGCUUCAAAAUGCUUUAAGAAAAGAGGUUCAGAAGAAAGGCUAUUCUGUUGGCACCAGGCUGGCACCGAAACCUAUAGCUGGUGUGUCAAAGCCUGGAGCUGUUAGCAACAUUGCUGGGUUAUUUGCAAGUGGGAAUGUCGAAGAGCUUCAAAGUAGUAUGAACAGAAAGAAAUCUGCAACGUUUGUGUUAAGAGAUGACUUUCAAAUUCGUUCAUGUAGAAACAAAGUUCAGGGAGAUGAACCUAGCACAAAAUCAAACAGUAAUGUCGAUAAACGAAAAACAACAACAAAAACGACAACAACAACAACAGCAACCAUGUCAACAACAACAACAACGACGACGACAACAACAACAACAAACACUAAUACAGAAAAAGAGAAUGCAAAACAAAGCCCAAGACAGCGCACUAAUUUAUCUUCUUCGACUUCACAAGCUACUUUAGUCGAAAGUCAAACCUCGUGUUACAUGAAUAAAGGUGUUUCCGCCUUAAUAAGCAACACGAUCGUCAUAAAUGGAGGGAAAGAUGGAAUUACGAAUAUUCGAAGCAUAAAAAACAAUAAAAAUAGUCCCAUGUCGCAACGCAAACGAACUCUACUUAGUAAUGGACACAAAACUUCAAUUUCGUCGUCCCUUGAAAAUUCUGAGGACGAAGAUUCACAUGUGGAUUCAGGUGAUGAAAGCGCUCUUGAGAAUUGGAACGGGAGAAGAGUUUCCUAUUUAAUGGCCACAGCUAAAAAAGCUGAAAAGGCUGGCAAGAAAAAUGCAGAAUCUAACACUGAAGCAGACGAUGAAGAUAGUGAUGUCAAUACAAAUUCCAAGGACAAGCUGUUUGGUCAAAGAUCUUCAGGAGAAACGGAAGUGAAGCCAAUUUUAAAAGAAGGUCCACUAAACAGAAAGCUGGAACGCUCGCUUGAUAAAAAGAAGGCAAGUACUCGUACCUGGAAACCGAUAUAUGCAGUUUUGAAAGGUCACCGCUUGUUUUGUUACAAAGAAGGAAGCUCCGAUGCUGAUGACGAUAUCAUACAACCUAUCCCUGUACGCAGUACAAUCAUUGAGAUCGCAAAUGACUACGUGAAACGGAAGCAUGUUUUUAGAAUGGUUACUUCACAUGGGAACGAGUACCUGUUUCAGGCUGAAGAUACGGGUUCUAUGGUGAGCUGGGUGAAUACACUUCGAGAUGCAAACCCUGACAAAGAGAGCUUAAUGAAAUCUACCGCCAUGAUAAAACAGGAAAAAUUAGAAGAAAGUGAAAGUAAUAACAAUAAUUCAACAACAAGCAACAAAAAUGGUAUCAGCAAGGAUAAAAAAGGAUUAUCCAUCAAACGAAGUCAUUUUGGUUUGCGAGGAAGCAAGAAAAGCCGCAGUCCCAAUGUUCCACCAAGAAUACCUAAAGAGGUUGCAGCUGGCAAAACAUUUGGAAUUCAUCUGCAGAACUGCCCACCCGCUCGUCAUGUUAAGAACAUACCGUUGUUAUUGGAACAUUGCUGCACAACAAUUGAAGAGAUUGGGAAAGAUCUCGUUGGUAUAUAUAGGGUAUCAGGUAAUGUGGCCUCAGUGCAAUUGCUGAAGACUGAAUUGGACACGAAAGAGACUGACGAAAUUGACUGGGAUGACGAUAAAUGGCGAGACCCGAAUAACGUUGGUAGUUUGUUGAAAUCCUUUCUAAGAAAUAUUGCUGAUCCCAUCGUGCCGAAUUAUUUGUAUAUGAAGAUGAUUCAAGCAAACCGUGUAGCUGAUCCAACUGAACGAUUAUACGCUAUGAAAAACGUAGUGAAGAGUUUGCCAGAGUAUCACUUGGAGUCGUUGACGUUUUUGGUAAAACAUUUGAAAACAAUGUCAGAUAACAAGGAGAAAAACAAGAUGGGUCCUGAGAAUAUGGCCAUUGUAUUUGGUCCUAACAUCAUUCGCACGAACACAGUAACAGCCAUGGUACAGGACAUGUCGGAUCAAUGCAAGAUUGUAGAAACUUUUAUUAAACAAUGUGAUUGGAUGUUUUCAUUUGAUGAAGAUUGUGGCCGACCAAUCCAAAUGGAGAUUGAGAGUGACGUUAUUAGUGUUGGUGUAUCGAGACAACUAAUGGAUUGUUUGACUCAACAAGUCAACACUACAGAACAAGAUAACGAGACAAGUUCCAAAAAGGGAAAAAAGUUUUCGACGUUAAAGUCUAAUAUCUCAAUGAAAUUACGAAGUACUGGUACUAAAGUUGUGUCGCCAAGAUCGCAAAAGAAGUCUUCUAAGACAAAUCAACCGGAUGAUGAAAUUGAAACGGACGAAGAAUCGGGUUGUUACUCGCAAUCUCCUCCUACCAUAAAUAAAAACGACAAAACAAAAUCCGGCAAAUACCGAUCAAAAGAAAUACGUCAUAUUAAUACAAACACUAACAGCAUUCCGAUACGGCGAGAGAGUGACAACGGCCUCACGACGACAAAGAUUGGAAAUGUGUUGUUGAACUCCGAGGUACGCAUGCAGUUUACUACAGGGCUGCGAUCUCCUGAGUUAAGCCCUCAGUUGGAGAGGACUAAACCUUACGGAAACGAUGACGGUAAUGACAGUGGUGUGACGAGUCCUCAGAGGAUGGACAGCGAUGAUAAUAUGAGCGUGUAUAGCGAUAGCGGCGCGCAAAGCAGUAGAAAAGCAUCGUUAGAGUCAGCGUCAGCACCUAGCCCGCGUAUCGAACGUAGAAUCGCAUAUCCGAGACAACAAUCGAUUGGUAGUUGCAGCAGCAAUGAUGAGAGAUCGCCACCUCUGCAGAAAUCCAUCGUUGUCGUCCCUCCUUGUAAAACUGUUGAAGAGGAAAAAGAAAUGGGAUUUCGGAGAAGGGAUACUACAAAAAGUGGUAGAAGACAUAGAGCAAAGAAUGAUACCCAAAAUGCCUCAGAUAAUGUUGAUGAUAAUUCAACUGUAUUAAAACGAUCGGACAUGCGACGCCGUAUGAAUUUACCUGUUAGCCCUCGAGCAUCUAAACGCGAGUUAUACUCCAUUAUGCCGGGUGACGGUAAUGACUAUGAAGAAAAAAUCCGAGCUUUGAUUGACCCGGAUUAUGAAGGCGAUAUGAAGGAGUUAGCCCAAUCAGAGAUAAAAACAGAAGAAAAAGCGGCUACAACGAAAUCGCUGUCACCAGCAGUAACUAUAAGCAGUGCAAAAACGCCAGAGAGUGGUCCGAAUGCUGAUUGGUGGCUAUCUGGCAGCAAGAAUAUUUCUCGUAGAAUAUUAAAUCCCCCUAAAGACAAAACUGCUGCAUUAAAUAUAAUUACAAGUGUAAUUGGUAAUAAUCGCAUGAAAAGAACCAGUUCCGAAUCGAAAGACGAAUCUACGCGAGAAGAAGAAGCUCUGAGAAGAAAUCCGUUGCUGAGCCCGACUAUCGUACGACGUACCGACUUUCCAUCUAUGGCAACAUAUUAUCCCGAAUUAUCGACACGUACAGACAACUUGAAUCAAAAACAGGAAGAAAACGAUAAAAGAGUACGAAAUAUAUUAUCGAAAGCGCGCGAUAGUAGCACGAAAUCUCCAACAGAAACUACGUCACAGUCGGCUAAGUUAAAAAAAAUAAACGACUUAAAGCCAACUUCGACUUUGUCCGAGUCGCAAUCUGAAAAACUAGACCGGUACUUGAAACAAGUGACGGAAUUAUUGUCCGACAAUUCAAACAAUGCUGAAGAUCGUGAAAAGAUUACCGGCAUACUUCAGAGCUUUCAAACGGCCUGCAAUACUUUGGAUUCGCAACCUAGACGAGUUAAUUCUGAAAGUCAUAGGGUACGGCCCGUUGCCAAUCAUCAAGUUCUUAAUCGAAGUUUAUCAGGGCCGACGAGGAGGACUAAAAACAAUAAGGCAAAUGACCGAACGUCACCGUUGUUAGACACAACUUAUAGUGACCUAAAUUACAGCAAAUUAUAUCCACGGUAGCUAUUUCUUUUGUAACCAACUAAUACUCUCAGGCACGUAAUACAACGGGAUCUUAAUAAAAAGUGGGAUCUUAUCUGGAUCUGAUAAAAGGGCAUGUAAGAGGGAGAUUCAGAGGGGGAGUCAGACUUUUACUAUACAAAACCGUCAAUUUAAGCCAUAAAAAAAGCUUUCUAAAAAUAGUAUGGAAUAAAUAUCCUAAUAUUUAUUUAAAAUGCUAUGUGGCAUUUGACUGUUAUUUUAAAAUUUCGGAAAGUCUGGACCUACUUUGUAUUAGGAGAGCUAAAAAUUUAUAGUAUUUUUGAUAGCUUUAAUUAGAAACCCCUCCCUUGUAUGCAUUUGUUAGAAAGAAAACACUACAAAAUUUUGUAUAGAAAACAUAUAGACCUUUAUUACUUUUUUUGUUAUUUUUAUACUGUUUUGUACAUAUGUGCUAUUUAUUUUUUGUUUAAAGUUUUGUACUUGUAGACAUCGGCAUAUUUUGUUGUACUUUACAAUAGAAAUAUUUCGCUGUUUUUGACCAUUUUAGCAUUCCUUAAGACCUUGCAUCGUGCUUCAUUUAUACAGUGUAUCCUUGUGUUCCUAAAAAUGUUUAAUACAU